UAUACAUAUAUAGAUAAAUAAUUUAUACCUUUUAAUUUGAAUUCAAAGUUUCUAUAUAUCAACUAUAAGCAUGGCACCAAAGGAAUUUCCUGAAUUGGGUGAAACUCAAUUGAAUGAAUUAAAAGAGGCAUUAUCUCAAUGGAGUUUGGCCAAUGGAUUAAUCAUGUAUCCACCUAAUUUCGAACAAUAUAAUGCCAAUGUUGCACCAAUAACUUUAUACCCAACUCCAUUACCAAAGAGUAGUUUUAAGAAUGCACAAGAUGUUCAAAAAAUCUUUAAUGAGUUAUAUAUAAAUUUAGUUACCAAACAAAAAUCUUGGUUACUACCAUUAUUACAAGACUUAUCAACCUUUGAUAAAGAUUUCACUGGUAAAUUAUUUGAAACUUAUCAAAAAGCUAUCGAACAAAGUCCAAAUAAGAAGCUCGUUCAACCAUUAUCUUUAGGUUUAUUUAGGUCAGACUAUAUGAUUCAUCAAGAUACUAAUGAAAUAAAACAAAUUGAAUUUAAUACUGUUAGUGUCUCAUUUGGAGGUUUAUCAUCAAAAGUUGGUCAAUUGCAUAAUUAUUUAAAUAAAGUAGGUUAUUAUGAUAAUAAUUAUUCUUAUAAAUAUUAUGAAGAUGAAGAAAUCCCCAUUUCAAAAUCUUCAACUGAAUUAGCUCAAGGAUUAGCUGAAGCUAAUACUCAUUAUGGUGUAAAUAAUUCAGUUAUUUUAUUCAUUGUACAACCAGGAGAAAGAAAUUGUUUUGAUCAAAGACAUAUUGAAUAUGCUUUAAUUAAUGAUCAUAAUAUUAAAUCGUAUCGUUUAACUCUUGAAGAAGUAUCUUCACAAACUACUAUUAAAGAUAAUAAGUUGUAUCUUAAAUCAACUAUGGAUGAAGUAUCAGUUGUAUACUAUCGUUCUGGUUAUGCUCCAACAGAUUAUGAAGUAAAUCCAGAAAAGACUUGGGAAGCAAGAUUAUUAUUAGAAAAAUCAAGCGCUAUUAAAUCUCCUUCUAUUUUAACACAACUUGCAGGAGCUAAAAAAGUUCAACAGAUUUUAACUAAUGCUGAUGCCAUAAAACAAGCAUUACCUGAUAUUACUGAGAGUGAUUUAUCCUUAUUAUUAUCUACAUUUGUUUCGAUUUAUCCAUUGGACGAUACUGAACAAGGUAAAUUGGCUAAGAAAUUGGCAUUUGAGCAGCCAGAAAAUUUUGUAUUAAAACCUCAAAGAGAAGGUGGUGGUAAUAAUAUUUAUAAAGAAAAUAUUCCAUCAUUCUUGAAAUCAAUUGAUGAGAAGGAAUGGGGUGCUUAUAUUUUAAUGGAAAUUAUUAAUCCCCCUACGUAUCGUAAUAAAAUUAUUAGAAAUAAUGAAAUUUAUCAUGAAGAUAUCAUAUCUGAAUUAGGUAUAUUUGGAACUAUUUUAUUUAAUGAAGAAACUGGUGACAUUAUCAGUAAUAAAAAUGCCGGAUUCUUAUUAAGAUCUAAAUUUAGUACUAGUAAUGAAGGUGGUGUUGCUGCUGGUUUCGGUUGUGUGGAUAACAUUUACUUAUACGAAUAAACAUAGAAAGUAUUAGACAAAGUUAA